AUGAAUAACCAAGGAAGUCAGAAUGUUGCAACUUGCAAGCCCGUCACUACAUUUGUCCAAACGGACACCAACACUUUCAGAGAAAUCGUGCAGCGCUUGACAGGUCCAUCAGAGAACAAUGCUGCAGCAGCACCAGAACCAACAGUGAUAAAAACCUCCCUACCAAAGAGGCCGACUUCUAAGCUCCAUGAGAGAAGGCAAUGUAUGAGGCCAAAGCUUGAAAUUGUCAAACCUCCUCUAAGCUUUAAGCCCACUGGUACGACACCAUCAUCUAAGUCUGGUAAUACCACCCCUUCUUCAUUGCUCUCUAACUUGUCCUUGAUAGAAGGGGAGAAAGCAGAACCAGAUGGUUGUACAACAAACAUUGAAGAAGAAGAGAAAGCUAUUAAAGAAAGACGCUUUUACUUACAUCCAUCGCCAAGGUCUAAACAAGGGUAUACAGAACCAGAAUUGCUUACUUUGUUUCCUUUAACAUCUCCCAAUUCCAAUGGCAGACCAUAA